AUGCAAGCACUCGUCGCUAAUUGGCGCGAGUGGCAGCCCAUUCAUCGCCAAACACAUCUGCUAACCGACCCAGACGCGUACCGCCCAGCCCUCUCCUCUCUUCCCCGCACGCACCCUCACCGAUUCAAUCGAACAGCUAUGGACAUUAAUGGCGACCAUCCCCUCCCCUCUUCCGUGACGUUGCCUGUCAUCUCUGUCGCCGAGUCUUCGUCACCCUCGAAGCGGGCUCCCCCUCCUCUCAACCUCAAAGAGAACCUCCCCUCCAUAGGCGAAAUCUUCGACGGCGUCGACGUUACCACUCCGUACACGCCGUACACACGCCUUGCUCAGAACUUUGAGCGGAACCCGCCCCUCCGCUCCCCUCUCCGCUCGCCCCUUGGCCUGUCCGUCCCCAGCUUGGCAAUCCAACCCGCCACGCCUGUAGUUGGCGAGAGUGCAGCUGGCACCGACGCCGCCACGUACAUUCCCCCGGAACAGCUGGUCAACAACGACUUUGAAAUCGACCCAGCCCUCACUGAGGCAUCCACCCCCUUGAACACCCCCCCCGACGCGUCCCAACCCUUUGGCCUUCCCAUCACACUCGCCAAAAACAUGAUGCGCCAUAUGCGCCAUGAGAAGACGUCGUCCGAGCGCCAUGUGCUCCACGACACGUCGCCGGCCCGCUCGUAUUCGACCAGGUCGCCCGGCACGUCGCCAUACCGCCACAUGAACAACCGAUGGGACACGCACAGUAUCUCGCCGGCACAGAUCUCGCGUUCGCCGAGCCCAGGUCCCGUGCGCUACGAAAGCGACGACGAGUCGGCCGGUUACAUGGAGAUGGACACUGCUCCACUCAACCACCUGGCCUGGCAGCAGCCAAUCCAGCUGACUCAGAGCUCCUCCACCCUCCCCAGAGAUGGAUACUUCGCCCCGCACUACCACCAAACCGCGCAGUACAGCUCCACGGUUGUUACCCAGGGCAUCCUCGGCCUCAACGACAACUAUUACCCUACUCCAGACCUAACUCCCAGCUGGUCGAGAGUCGCAACUCCUCUCCCAGUCCCCGUGCCGACAACGCCGCCAGGCCAGAUCCGGGCCACGCUCGCUCCGCACGCCCACUCGGCUCCAACUAUGCCAGGCUACGCGAACCCGUCGCCGUAUACUUCCCCCGGCGCCGAGCUCGCCUCCUCGCUCGAGAACACGGUACCUCCCGGUGCCACGUUUGAUCAGUGGAGUUGCCCAAACCCCGCCUCAAUGUACAACGACAAUCUGCAGGCCGGUUCCUGGAGAGAGGAUCGCUACCGCCUCGCGACUCCCGCGUACUCUGAGAUGAGCGUCGACACGAGCCCUAGUCCUGCUCGCACCAACCUGCCCUACGUGCCGGGCGAGUACCGUCACUCAUUCGCUCGCAGCCAGUCCCCUAGCCCGGGGCCCUCCAACAUACCCAUGGGCUCUGGUCCCGUGCGCCCUGGCACGGUCCAUGGGCGUGCCCGCCAUAACCCUGUUGCCCGGAAACGCAGCGCCACGGGUGUCGCACUUGACCAGUUUUCCCAGCUCACUGUCGACCUGGUCUACCCUUGCUACCACAAUGCUAUUCGGCAGUGGAGCCCAAUCGUCCUGGACCUGAAAAACCCGGUGCCCCACGACUACCGCGACAAGCGCGGUUUCUGGGACGACGAAUGUUUCUGGACGUGGGACUGCACCGUCAAGGUCCACACGCGCUGUAUCCGCAUCUGCGCACAGUGCCACACCGCCCGCCCGGGUGCCAAGACGUGGCGCCGCAGCCACAUCCAGCAGGAGACGAGCCUCUGCAACAAGUGCGGCAUCUACGAGCACACGCACCGUCAGCCGCGUCCCCCCAAGCCUGGCGACAUCGAGAAGGCAUACAACCCUGCCCUGCGCAUCGAGACGUUCAACUUUAUGCUCACCUCGCGCACUCGUGGUUCCAAGAAGGAGCGCUCGCCGUCGCCGCCCCUCAAAUUUAAGCCCAACCCCGUCUUUGGAGGCGUCGUCCAGAGGCGCAGGGACACUGACGUCAAGCCCUUUUCCGGCGCACAACGCACGCGCAGGGACAGGGGGAGCGACAACGACGAGCACCGUCCCGGCGGCUAA